AUGGCGACUGCCCAGAGAAGGGGUGAAGAUACUUCACCUUAUCAAAGGUUGGAAAAAGAAGCCGAGUGCCCAUUGUGUCAUCAAACAGUAGAGGAACCUAAACGACUACCUUGUAACCACUCAUUCUGCCUAAAAUGUCUCAACAGACAAGCAGUGGAUGCAACAGUUGACGGGAGAUCAGACAUUAUCUGCGUUGCUUGUCGAUCGUUUGUCAAGAUUCCCGGCAAAGGUACAUUUGACGAACUUCCAACUCCUUUCUACCUCAACAGACUAGCAGAAGUUGUUUCCAUUGCAGCCUUCGAUUCUUGCGAGAAAACCUGCUGGAUGUGCAACCAGAGCAAAACCUUGCGUUGUUACUGUUUCGAGUGCCAGAAAUUUAUGUGUGGAUCUUGUGAAAACAAUCGUAAGUGUGGAACUUUAGCCCAAUCUCAUCGCACCGUCCUGAUCCAGGAUCUCACAGAACAAGAUUUUGAAAGAAUCAUCCGAAGGCCUGUCAUUUGUAAAACGGAAAAACACGAGAAACUAGUAGAAUUUUAUUGUCACGACUGUAAAGUUUGCAUUUGUAAACUGUGCGUGAUUAAAUUCCACAAUAUUCAUGAUGUCGAAGGCAUCGAGCAAGCCUCAGAGAAAAGCAAAGUGAACGUGAUGGAUUCUGUUAAGAAGCUCAAGAAUGUAUUGAGUGAUUGUGAAACAGAGAUUGAGAGACGUAAAAAGGGUGCUCUUAGAAUAGAACGUAACAUAAAGACAGUUGAAGAGGAGGUUCACAAGAACGUGGAAGAACUUAUCAUGAAACUGAGGUUAUAUGAACAGGAAGCUCUAGCAACGUUACAAAACUUGGGAAACAAAAAUCAAAGUGCCUUUAAAGAGCAACAAGAAAAAAAUGAAUCACGACUAGCAAUGUUGAAAGAUUUUCUUUCCUAUGGGGAAACUGUGUUGCAAAGUGAUUUGCCCCUUCCAGUUCUGGAUGAGCACUUCACCUUUGUAGAACAGUUUGGACAGACUUUACAGGUUGAAGAUGAGGAUAGUUUUGAACCACUUCAAGUUGAUUAUGUCCCAAACGAGGAAUUUACGGAAGUAUUGAAGGCUAGUUUAGGUAACAUUGUUGUUCGUUCCACAGACAUGACAAGAUCUGUGCUUGAGGGAAACUUCUCAAAGACAGUGAUGGAAGGGGAGGAGACUUGCUUCACAAUCAUCACAAGAGAUCAAGAUGGAGAAAGUAUCUAUUGUGAAGAUGAUUUGGUUGUUGUCAACAUUUCCACUUCUACAGAGGAAGAGUUAUGUAAAGAAAUAGAAGACAAUCAAAAUGGUAGUUACAAAGUGACCUGCAUCCCACAAAGUAGUGGCAAGCACAAGGUAUCUGUGGAGAUUAAUGGUGAACCACUGGCUGGGAGUCCAUGGACAUUUGAUGUAAUCUCACCUGGUGAUCUCACUUGA